GCGGCUUCUGGAGCUGAGCUGGAAGGAGCGAUCGCCUGAUCCUGCAGAGAGGAUUACCGGGAAGGCGAGGACAUGGCCGGCAUCCUCAAGAGGAUCCCCGUGCUCGCUGUCAGCACCGUUUCCGUGUUUCUCUUCCUGGUCGUCCUCCGUCUCAUCAAUGAAGUCAGUUUCCUGAAGCUGCUUUCCUGUUUUGGGCAGACAAGCGCCCAGUGCGCCCCUGCUCCGGUCAGCUGGCGGCAUCGCUCUCUCACCUAUCAUGACGGCUACAUUAACAUUAAGACGCAUGAGCCUCUCCAACUGGACUGCAAUCAUUGUGCAAUCGUCUCAAAUUCCGGACAGAUGACGGGUCAGAAGGCAGGGCACGAGAUCGACCAGUCUUCUUGCAUAUGGAGAAUGAACAAUGCUCCAACCAACGGCUAUAUAGAAGAUGUUGGGAAAAGGACCACAAUCCGAGUGGUGUCCCACACAAGUGUACCUCUGCUACUGAAAGACCCCGAUUACUUCUUCAAGGAAAGCAAUGAUACAAUCUACGUCAUAUGGGGACCAUUCAGGAACAUGCGGCAAGACGGAAAGGGAAUAGUGUACAACAUGUUACGCAGAACAGUGGAAAAUUACAGUAGUGCCAAGGUUUACCUCACGACGGAGAUGCGCAUGAACUACUGCGACACCAUCUUCAAGAAAGAGACCGGUAGAGAUCGUGUCCAGUCAGGAUCCUAUCUCAGCACUGGUUGGUUCACCUUGAUUCUUGCGAUGGACGCCUGUGAGGGAAUCCACGUUUAUGGAAUGAUCAAUGAUACAUAUUGCCGGUCAAACGGCCUCCGAAAAGUUCCUUAUCAUUACUACGAACCAGGACGCUAUGAAUGUGAGGAGUAUAUCCUACAUGAAAACGCCCCGUAUGGAGGACACCGAUUCAUCACCGAGAAACGAGUAUUUGCCAAGUGGGCGAAGACGCACAAUAUAACGUUCAGCCACCCGGACUGGUCGUUACCUUGA